AUCGGAUGCCGCUCGACAAGGGUGUCCACCUCAAGUGUGCGCACACGGAGGGGCGCGGCGCCAUCUCCUACGCCCCCGACGGACGGCACAUCGUCACGUGCGGCAAGGACACUUUCGUCAAGAUCUUUGAGGCGGAGGAGCUCAGCGCCGAGCCGCGCACCCUCGAGAUCCACGACGCGCACGCGCCCGUGACGGCGCUCGCCAUGGACCGCAAGGGCGCGCGCGUCGUGACGGGCACCGACGCUCACAUCGCCUCAGUCUUCUCCUACCCAUCGGGCGAGGGGAUGCGGAUGCUGACGCGGAUGCAGUCGGCGGUGCGGUGCAUCGCGCUCGACCCCAAGGGGCGGAUCGCCGCCGUCGGCGCCGAGGACGGCGCCAUUCGCAUGUGCAUGGUCAACGCGAGCGGCGCCGGCGCGUCGCAGUUUGUCUCAGUCAAGGGGCACACCGACUCGGUCCUGUGCCUCGCGUUCGACCCGAAGGGCGAGUAUCUGGCCUCGUCGUCGGCUGACGGCACCGUCCGCAUCUGGGACAUCCGCGACGACCCCACCACCGUCAAGACGCUCUCCGUGUGCGGCCGCGUGCUGCCACGAGGCUCUGCGCAGCAGCUCGGCGUGUGCUGGCACCCGCAGGGGGAGACGCUGGCGGUGCCAAAGGGGGCGGGGGCGAUCCUGCUGGACCGCGGGACGUGGGAGGAGACGGCGACCUUCGAGUCGGGCGGCGCGGGCAAGGACGGCCACUCGGAGGACGUCUCCACCACAGCCUUUUCGCCAAACGGCCGGUACCUGGCGACGGCAGGGCUCGACAAGCAGGUCUUCGUGUGGGACGCGGCGUGCGGCGAGUCGCUCGACCGCCACCGCGGCGACGCAACGCCUUGCGGCCUCUGCUGGUCCCCGACCGCAAACACGCUCUGCUUCCUCGACGACUCAGGCCAGCUCGGCAUCUGGGUGGUCCACGACUCGGACGACGGCGGCUUUUCCGACCACGAUGACGACGAGACGCCGUCGGCGACGCCUCUGCGCAACUCGCGCCGCUUCCUGCUGUGGAACCUCACGGGGAUGGUGCUCUCGCGCGACGAGAACACGUACUCCGCCAUCGAGGUCGAGUUCAGCGACGCGACCAAGCACCGCACGAUGCGCCUCACCGACCACUACGGCUUCUCGAUGGCCGCGCUCGACGAGGCCGCCGUCCUCGUCGCCUCGCGCUCCAACCACGGCAAGACCCGCAACCCGUCCACCGUCGUGUACCGGCCGCUCGCCUCGUGGGCACCGAACUCGGACUGGCAGGUGCAGCUAGAGAAGGGCGAGGAGGCGGUCGCCGUCGCCGUCGGCCACAAGUUCGCCCUCGUCGCGACCAGCGCGCGCUACUUGCGCGUCUACUCGCACACGGGCGCGCCGCGCUCGCUGCUCUGCCACGGCGGCCCGCUCGUCGCGCUGGCCGCCUCGCGCGGCCUCGCCGCCCUCGCGCUGCUCGUGACGCUGUACGACCUGCGCGAGCCCGCGCGGCCCGUGCGGCUGGCGAGCGAGCUCCUCCCCCUCUCCCCCGGCGCGACCCUCGACUGGGUCGGCUUCUCCGAGGCGGGCGCCCUCUCGACGGUCGACUCGGCGGGCGUGGCGGAGCACCACUGGGUGGUCGGCCUCACCGGCGCCCAGCUCAUGUGCAUCCUGUGCAAGGGCGACGACAAGUACCCCGCCACGCUGCCGCGGCCCGUCCUCACGGCCCUCCCGCUCGCGAUGCCCCUUGCGUGCUCCGAGCCCGCCGAGCCGCAGCUCGAGGCGCAGCGCAUCGCGGCGAUGGUCGAGCUGGACGAGUACCGCCUCGCCGCCACCGAGGCGGGGCUCGGCGAGGAGGAGACGGCGGAGCACACCAUGCGGCUCGUCACCAAGAUCGACUCGCUCGCGCUCAAGCUCUUCAAGACGGCGAACGAGACGGAGCGCAACGCGCGCGCGCUCGACCUCGCCCUCAGCCUGCAGCUGCCAAAGUCGCUCCACGGCGCGCCGCAGACUUGCCCUUCGCCUUGCCGCUUGUUCAAGCCCUAA